UUGGUUUUAUACGAUUAAAAAUAACCACACAGAAUCUCAAGUCAUAUCAAUGAUAGUAACGUCUCGAGCAGCAUCUUUGGCUGCGCCUCCAGUGACUGUGAAAGCCCACAUGAACAAGGAUACAAACAACUUCCCUAAUCCAAUGGUGAUUUAUGCAGAAGUUAGUCAAGGAUUUUUGCCUGUUCUUGGUGCAACCGUGAUGGCCACUGUUGAACAAGAGAAUGGAUCUGCAAUGGAGCUCAGACUCCUUGAUGAUGGUUCCGGUGCUGAUAUUACCAAGAAUGAUGGAAUCUAUUCAAAGUACUUUACAUCUUUCAAGGGAAAUGGUAGAUACAACUUAAAAGUGCAUAUCCUGGGGAGAAAUCAGACUGUCAGACUUGGCCACAGGCAGAGCCGAGCCUUGUAUGUUCCAGGCUACAUAGAAAAUGGUAAGGAACAUUCAUGA